CUUUCUUACACCGUAUUUUUCUCACAAUUUUCUUCAGCUUCUACACAGUUUGCAUCGAUCGAUCCGUCUCAUUUCUCUUCUGUUACAGGCCUCUACUUAUCGCUCAUUUCCUUUGAUCCUGCAUGUCCGAGAGAUACUUUUCUCAUCAAUUAAAAGAUAGGGCAACUCGAUGGUUAUUUUGCUGAUGUGGGCUGGUUCAAAAAGUUUUAGAAUUAGAAGCUGCAGUGAUGUCUCAAGCGGCUAGGUCCAAGUCAAAAGAUAAAAAGGUGAGUAAAGAACCACCAAAAGUUGCUUCAAAGCCUUCUAGUGCUAAUGCAGGUGCUGGGGUUUCUGCCAGUGGAUACAAUCCUCUUUUGGGGACAUUCCAAACAUUUGACACAGCUCCUGUGACUUCAAAUACUGCUCUCCACGUCAAUGGUCGUUUCAGAAACAUUGAUGAGAGAGAUGACCUUAGUGGGCACUCUCAUGGAGCUGGUGGAGAGUAUGAAACUGUAUCCAAUAAUGGCAGCUGGUCUGGUGAGGAGGACCACAAAGAGAAAACUUCUAAUCUUCCUCUUCGACAAGAGACCUUAGUUGGCUCUGAUAAUGACAAGCGGGAAAAAAUCCGUCAGAAAAAUGAGAGGAAGCAUCAACGGCAGAAGGAAAGGCGAGCACAAGAGCUGCAUGAGAAAUGUAGUGGCUAUCUCAUGUCGAGAAAGCUUGAAACACUUGCUGAGCAGCUUGUGGCUAUGGGGUUCUCCUCGGAACAGGCAACUAUGGCUCUUAUUCUGAAUGAAGGCAAAGUAGAAGAAUCAGUAGCAUGGUUAUUUGAAGGACGCAAAGAAGCAAACAAAGAUGAGGGACAAAGUGCUGAUACUGAGGGUAAUUUGAAAAUUGACAUAUCAGAAGAGUUUGCUCGUAUUGCGGACAUGGAAAUUAGAUUUAAUUGCUCCAAGCAGGACGUUGAAAGAGCAGUAGUAUCCUGUGAGGGCGAUCUUGUGAGGGCUGAAGAUAUGUUGAGAUCACAAAAGCAGGAGCCCCCCUCUGUGCUGCCCAAGCCAGAAGAAACUAGCGAUCCUCCUACUAUGGGCAAUGACAAGCUACCAAUUGGCGCCACCGAGAACUUAACAAGAGUACCUGUUAAACCUUCAUCAUCUAGUACAAUACCAGCAAAGAGAGAUGAUAAAGACUUCGGUUAUACUAAAGUUAUUGCCCCAGCAGGGCCUUCUAUGGAUCCUGGGAGCAAAAACAUACCCUUGCUGGAAGGGACUCAGCCAAAAUUGGACCAGGGCAAGGCACCUCAAGUGUCGGUACCUGUUGACAAAAGUUUUCCAAAUCCUGGAUCAAAUCCUUCUGUUUCCUUUUCUUUGUCAUCUUCUUUGCAGGUGUCACUUCCACCCGCCAAUACAGAAGCUCGUUAUGUGGCUGUUGGAAAUGAAUUGAAGCAUCUACCGAUAGGAACUGUGAGAGAACCAGUUAUAGUCGGAAAUGAAUUGAAGCAUCUACCAACAGGAACUGUGAGAGAACCAGUUAUAGUCAUGCAACGACCCGAGUCUGUCAAUGCCAGGCCCACUCCCACCUCAAAUGUAAGCUCAUCUCUUCCAGGAACAGCAGCACCGUUUUUUCCUAGAAAUAUUGUUGGAACAGUGACACCCAAUGGUAUGAUUCCACAUAUACCUGGCACAAGAAGCUUUAGCAUGAAUGGUGUCAGCACUAACCACCAAUUGUACAACCAACUUCAUUAUCAGCAGCACCAACGGCCAGAACAAUUUGUUUCCAGCUACGGGACACUCGAACCUCCAGGAAUUAGCUGGGGAAAUAGUUUGCGGAGUCGGACAGGUGGUUCACCACAGACACAAUCAGUUGCUGCAGCUUCAUCACUCGGACUCUUCUCCGGGUGGGGCACCAAUGGUACUUAUGGUCUGCCAUCUCCUGUUGACUGGAAUACCAGUGGUGGCGCAGUUCUGCACCUAGAUUACACAAACAUAGACUGGAGUUUAGAUUACGGUUCGUCAUCAUCAGGAUCAGGUGGUGUGUGGCGAACAACGAACUCUUUAAUGCAACCCUAUGAUCCUAAAUAUGAUUCAUUUUACCGUGGAAUAGCUGCAAAGUCUACUUCAAAACCUGUUCUGCCCAAUGAGAUUGGUGUUCCAAACCCCGGGUUGCAGGAUGGAGGAGUUAGUACAGCAGAGACGUCUGCGGCUGGUGGUUCUUGUCAGCAGACGUCUGUGGCGGGUGGUUCUCGUGAGUGGACGUCGACGACGGGUGGUUCUCGUGACUGGACUUCUCCCUUUGAAGAGAGAGACCUUUUUAGCUUACCAAGGCAGAUUGUUUCUUCUCCCUCCCUGUAAAAAAAAAUAAAAAUAGGGGUAGAGGAUUUGGGUGAAUAAAAAACAAAGUGAUGAGAAAAAGAGAAUAGCAAAAUGAGCUUGUAUUUGUUGUUUAUGUAUGUUGGCUCUUAUGAUGCAAUUUACCCUCUUGAUAUUGUGAAAAAAUAGCAUGCAGUUGUUUGGUUUAA